GGGUGGGGUCAGCUUUUUUUUUAAUCGUCGUCCCCUUUCUGACGGAGCACAGCGAUUUUUGCUGUUUCUUCGGAAACCGUGCAACCGAGUACGACGUGAUUUUUUUUUUGUGAGGGGUGGGGCUCAGAGCGGUGCAUGUUUGGUUACACGUAGCCGCCACCGAGGAAAGGCGGGCAAUGUGUUAUUCCCCGUCGAGGGGACGGGACAGAAACUACAACCCCCGGCAUGCCGCGCGGUCCGCGCAUGCGUAGUGACGAUGGCCCGUCCGUAAGGAGCAAUAGGCUGUGCAUAAUGGAUUCUAACAAGGACAUAGCAAGAACUGCAGAUGCUGGAGUCAGAGACAACACAGUAUGGAGCUGGAGGAACACAGCAGUGAUAGCCUUCAUGAAUACUGAAGAAGACCAUGUCUAUGAUCCUGUUUGCCUAUGUGGUCCGGGUGACGGAUGGGCUUCCUCUCUCUGCUUCUACAGACUUUGAGUGCAGCAGGGAGCUGCAAGAGUGUAAAAAGCAACUGAAAGUUGUGUCUAAAAUGCUUGGACAGUUUCCUGGCCGUGGCACUGUGAAGAGCAAUCAGCUUCACAUACAUUUUACCUCUUCACAGGGUAUCGCCUACAUGACCAUCUGCUGUAGCUACUAUCCCACAACGAUGGCAUUUUGCUUCUUAGAGGAACUUGGAAUGGAGUUUAUUUCUUCCUUCGAGAUCGCUAAAAUUCACACGGUUUCGAGACCCUACGCUUUUCUUGAAUUUGAUAGUGUAAUACAGAAGAUAAAACGGCACUAUAACUAUUCAAACCGGCCUUUGUUAAAAAUUAGUGUGACCAAUAUCCAGAGGGAGCUAAAGGUGACACCACCUCGCCGAGUGAAUGUGGAUGACAUCGUUGUUUCCAAUGGGGCAUUGAAUGGACACCUGCUUUUACAAUCAAGUUCUGCACCCAUAUACAGACUAGAACCAGUAAGUGCAGUUGGGAUCCUCUCGGUUAUCCUUAAUAUAAUGUGUGGAGCUCUUAACCUGAUCCGUGGAGUUCACCUCAUAGAACACAAUUUUCAGGACAGUGAUGAAGAAAAGGGCUCAGUUAUUGCAUUUUUUGUAGCUUUUAUUACCUGUGUAUUCCAGUGUUACCUGUACUUGUUCUUCGUCUCAACAAGGAUGGUCAAGACAGCUGGAGCGUUUAUCCUCAUUUGUAUAUGCAAUUCUUAUUUAUUUGGACUGAGGAACGUUUGGCAGAUUCUCUUCCACUUAGGGGUGGCCUUUCUGUCCACGCAUCAGAUAUUGUCGAGAAAACUCGCUGAGAAACAGCCUGAUUGUGGAGUUUGAUACUCGAGUACUGGAGAUCAAGGACCCAUUCACACUGAUGGAAAGGAAUCACAACUAAGUAUUCUCAAAUGUGCCUUCAGUAUGUUUAAUAAUAUUGUCGUCAUCACCACAUAAACAAAUCUCUUGAGACUUCAAGAUGGGAACAUAAGUUGGUCCCCAUUCCCAAAUGAAUUUUUUAAGAGGAGAGGAAUGUAAUGACUUCUUUACAGUGUGUUACUUUACAAAUGCUUAAUGUGAAGCUACAAGAUCAGUGUGGGACUCUAGAACUAUAUGAACAUUGAAGUCAUGUGGUGUUCAAUGAAGAAGUCAAGAUGAUAAGUUAAUUUUCAAGAAAAGCUGGUUUACAGGCAGAGAGCCAUUGGACAAGUGAAAUGUGGAUGUAUUCAACCCUUAUCUCAAAGUCAUGCAUUCUGCUGUUACUUUUGUCUUUCUGCUAUAAAUUACUACAUCUGAGUUUAUGAUGGCAAUUGCCUGUGAGCACCUGCCUCACUGUCAUUGACACACUGUUACCAGUAAUGGUAUUGCAGUGUCACCAUUUUGAAGAGGUGUAACUAGGAGAUGAGAGGUUUACAUGUGCAGGCUCCAUUCUAAGUGUGGAUGUUAGCAACUUCUAAUAGGAAAAGGGAGAAGUAUGUAUAAAUACAUACGUUUUAUUUAUAAAUGCAAAGAUGGUACUAAUGCUAAAUGACUUUCUAUAAUACAAAUGGUGAGUUUAGCAGAUUGUCUACAUGUUAAGUUAGAAAUCCUUUGUCCAGGCAGCUGGACCUUAAGUUCUUUCACCUUGCAUUGUAGGUACCGGAUUCAUAUUCAUGUUUAACUGUUUUGACAGAAGUGAGUCUUCAGUGUUGAAAGAUUUUGUCUUGUGCGUCAGGACAGACUUGCAAGAAUACCAGAUCUCACUGGGAGCAACAACUAAUGCAUGAGAGGGCAUAGAAUGGUUGGCAAGGCGCUGCGUGGAGAAUGCUUGGAGGAGCAGUUGACCCCUGAGCUUUUGUUUCGAUUCAAAAUAGGAAAAUUGAUCAUGGCGUUGCUAAGCUGAAUGUACCAGGGGAUAUUUGUCCCAUAACCUUGUAUUUAAUUGAAAAAGGCACAGUGAAGAACACCUUCUUUCUAUUUAAGAAGGACAAUGCCCCAUUUAUGAAUAAAUGUAGCUUUUAGCAGGUGUUAGUAAGUCAUGUUGCAAACUUAGAUCAACUUUAGAUAUGAGUCCAUGAUUGAACAACACUUACUAAACAAUCCUGAUCAUGUAAUUUUUAGCACAAACAUCAAUUUAAGAUUAUAUGUGCUAUUUUUGUGUUUCAGUUCUGACAAAUGCUAGACAACAGCUUCAACAGGAUGACUUUUUAGUCCUGAAUACUCAAGAUUAACAAUUAUUCUCGGGGCAGUUCAGGGGAUCAAGUGUCAGAAUUUAAUUCUAUGGUUCACAUUUCCAAAUGUAGUUAUACUGUCUGGGAGGAAAGGCGAUGUGAUUUGUCUGACCUCACCUGUUUCAGUAGGCUGGCUUUUGUUUCAUUCUGAAGUUGGGCUAAAGUCGUGCCCUGUUUUUACAACCAAACUACAUAAUCACCCUCCUUCCUCCUGCAAUAAGGGUGCCCAAAUUAUUCAAAUCCAUCUUUUCUGUGCUGUGUGAUGCAACACAGGUGAAAAUGUGCUGAAGGACAAGUAUGGAAGAAUAGGAAUUGGUGAACUUAGUUAUUUUAAUAACUUGUGGAUGGUGCACAAUGUUUUCCUUCUGUGCUGUAACCCAUUUUUGAUGUUCUAACAUCACUGUACUUUGCAGGACCUACUCACAUUUUGGAACAAAAGGAAUUGAUUUUAGUGAUCCAUGUGUUAAAUAGUGUGUUAACUCUGACUCAGAGACAAUGGAAUAAUUAGACGCAGAGAAAAGCCAUUCAGAUGUCAUGUCUGAGCCAGCUAAAAGGAAUAAAAAUCUCCAUGCUUAUGUUUGAAUCAUAGAAAUGCUUCAGGUGAUACAGGACCCCCAUUACAUGGUAAGUUUGCCUUUUUUAUUUUGCAGGAUGAAUUUUUUGGCAAAGGCCGGAUUGAGACUUGCACGCACUUGAAGUUGCACCCUGAUGGGAUGAUAAUUGUAAGAAUGGCAUUGUGUGCUUGCAUGAGCUAAUUGGUAAUAGCUUCCCAUUGUCAGCGUCAAGGUCUGCUGAUGCAAGCAAAGUCAACCCUUCGACCAUCCAGCAAUCCCACUCCAAGAUUAGGGCAGAGGAGGGGAGGUGCUGAAACAUGAUCUGUAUUAUGAGCAUUAUUUAAUUUGUUUCGUAUUUACGUAGGUGGCAAAGCUGGCAUAAAUUGCCCUUCCCUGGUGCCCAAAAAGAUGAUGGGAGGAUCUGCCUGAACCACUGUAGUCUCUGUGCUGACGAUCUUAUCAGAAGACUACGUUAGAUAGAGUUCUCCAGAGCUUUGCACCCAACAACAAUGAAGUAAUGGUUUUGCCCUGAAUUACCUUGAAGUUAAAUGGUCUAUUGUUGUUUACUUUAGUUUCAAUGCGCAAACUGUUGACUAGGAUUUUAAUUUCUUUUUUACUAUUAUUAUUAUUGAAGGAUUUUUAAAAUAUGCAUUUUAUUUAUUCAAUUUUAAAUGUCAUGCCUUGGUUAACAAUUUAGUGGAAGAGUGAUCUUGUGGAUGGUGCACAAUGGUUUUCUUCUGUGCUGUAACCCAUUUUUGAUGUUCUAACAUCACUGUACUUUGCAGGACCUACUCACAUUUUGGAACAAAAGGAAUUGAUUUUUGUGAUCCAAGUGUUAAAUAGUGUGUUAAACUUGACUAUGCACUGAGAGACAUAAGUUUUAAUUGGCGGAUGAAGCGAGUCUAAAGGGACUGCUCAAAGCUAAUGCACAAUAGGAUCAUAGCAGAACACAGAAGGAUGGCAGUCGGCCCAUCUAACUAGUGCUGCCUGAUAGCAAAAGCAAUAUAAUCUCAUCCCAAUCCCCAAUUGUUCCUCUCAAUCUUUUGUACAUGCUUUCCCUUCAGGCAUUUACACAGUUCCCUUUUGGAAGUGUCCAUUAAAUCUGUCUCCAUUACAUUCUCAGGCAGUGCAUUCUCGAUCCUAACCAUAAACUGUGCUUAGCGAAAGGCAGGAUUUUGCCUUCUGUUGUCUUUUGCUGCUUUUACCAUUCACUUUGAAGGCAAUAGUUUCUCUCUGUCUGCUCUGUUUAGGACUCUUUAUUAUUUAUAAUAUUACUAUCAAAACUCUGCAACCCUUACAUGUUUUCUAAUUACAUUAGCAUUCAUCUGAUUAACCCCCUUUGCCCUGCUUUCCAGAUAAUGUACAAAAAUCUAGUCUGAUGAUCUUCUUGUCAAAUUUAUUCAGAACCAGAACAAGUAAUAAGCUUCAAACUGGUGUGGAAGUUCUAGCCCCUUGACAUUCAUGCCUAUUCUGCUGGUAUUGGGAGGAAUGUUCACAUUCAGGGUAAUAUAAGUGUGCUAACCUCAAGAGCAAGAGGCCAUACUCUCUCAUACAGCAUAACUUUACACAAAGAAGUUGGACUGGUCAAAGGGUGAAAUCUUCACCCUGGCACUUAGUUAGCUCAUAGAGGGAGAUAGACUAGCCCUUUGGGGAAAGGGGAGGUUCUAGGAAGAAAAAAAUCUGUCUCCAGUUCAAACAAAGUGACAGAUCAAACCUUAUGAUGAAAGUGUCCCAAGAUUUCUAUGUCCCAGCAGUUUACAGUGAGUGUACCUGGGCAAAGAUCUCUGAGCUGAUGUUUUUCUUUGCUGAGUGACCUGGAGUUGGGGGUCUGUGAAGGAGCCAGGUUAGUGAGAGCUCUGUAAUUGGGAUUCUAAAUGAACUCUUAAUUUGUGAACAAUAAACUCCUGAGGACACCAGAGGGCUCUUGCGGUGCAUUGGUAGCCAGGAGGUCCAGGUUCAAAUCCCACCUGCUCCAAAGGUGCCUAGUAACAUUUCUGAACAGCACAUGGGGUUUCAGACUUUGGAAGAAUGUUAAAGGGGUUUGUUUUGAUUUUGAGCAAUAAAGUGGAUGAUUACUGCUGCAGACGCUGGUUAUAUAUCUCUUCCUGUAUUUGUUGAUCCAAGUGGAUGCCAGCUCGAUAGUUUAGAUAGCCUGCUCCUGCUCUUGUUUCUAGAAAAUGUCUCCUGGGGACAUAGGUGACCUCAGUGCAUAUCUUGUGCACUGGCUAAAAAUGAGUCUGUGAAAUUGCUGCAGUAGAAAUGUUUGGCAGCCACAUCAGUACAGUUCUGAGGAAAGGUCACCUGGACCCAACAAGUUAACUCUGAUUUGUCUCCACGGAUGCUGCCAGACCUGCUGAGCUUUUCCAGCAAUUUGUAUUGUUGUUUAUCUUAGGUAGCCUCAUCACUAAGUGUGUGUGUGGUGGUGUGGAAAGGUGUCAGGAAUUUAAAGAAAAUAAUCGGUCUUCUAUCUAUUUGAUAGGAAUUCAGCACCAAAACCCUAAAUAUUGUAUGUCCAAGUGAUGAGAGUCACCAAAAUACUUUUGAGAGCAACCCAGGUAAGCAUGGUGACUUGUCUUAAACAUUAAGCUUCAUAAAAUGUAGAGACGAGGAACUUGCAGCUUUGAGGUGAGUACUAAAAUGAAACUGCUCACAUGACAAAGAUUUAGUGCGUGGAUUUCCGAGUUUGGAAGGAUGUUAAGGCCGGUUUGUUUUGACUGUGGGCAGUAAAGUGGAUGAUUACUGCUGCAGGUACUGGUUAUAUAUCUCUUCCUGUUUUUGUUGAUCCCAGUGAAUGACAGCUCGAUAGUUUGGAUAGCUUGGUCCUGUUCCUAUUUCUGCAAUGGAAUUGUUGUGUAACGUGUAGAUGAAACGACAUCACUUCACAACAGUGGCCUGACUCUAAAUCAGCGCCUUUUAUAACCACCUUCAUCAAUUUCAGAAGCACUUUAGGAAGAUUAGUAACUAUUUUCAGGGAAGCGCGUGGUAGGAGCCAGCAGGAAAUCUCAUUCAUGCUAAUAAGGGCCCCACAAUAUGGCUGAGGCCAUGCUUACCCAGUGGUUCAUUUGCUGUGGUUAAGCAUGAUAUGAAGCCUCCUUGUGUUUUUCUUGUGAUUACACCUGCAUUCACAAGGCUGUACCAGAAUGGUUGACUUGCACGUAGCUGAACAAAUUUUACAAAUGUGAGAGAGCAUAAGCAUUUAUAGGAAAUUACCAGCAUGUUCUGUUUUUGUACAUAAACUGCAUGAAUCCACCAUUUUGCUCCCAAAAUUCCUGCACAAUCGUGUGUGUGUGUGUUUGAGCAGAAUGCCAUUAAUGAACAGGAAUGUCAGUAUGUUACUCAAACUAGCGCCUUUAUUGUGUAGUUUGAACUCAUAAAAUUGACUUGAAUUUAGAACAUUUGGUACAAUACAAAGGUAUGUUGAUCAAAUGAGGGAAAGUGAGGAUGAAAGACAGAUGAAGUAAUGGAAUAUGGCAAUAAACCAGAGGGACUAAUGACCUACUGCUCCUCCUGUGUUGCUGCAAAGAGGAUAUUAAUUCACAUUUUUUUUCCAAUUUUUAUUUGCUAGCAUGACAGAUUUCACAAGACGACUCUUGAUCAUUGUAAUGUCAGCUCUCAGAGGCGGGACCUUUUUUCAAAACUUAUUAGUACAUUGAUAGAUUUUAAAAGAAAGUGUCUCAAUAAUAGCAACAGGGACUUUUCUUUUUUCAGAGCAAGUAUAAUUUAUCUGUGACCAGCUUUUGCUUUACAUGUUUUGUUACCUGGCCAUUUGUCUACAUGGCCUGUGGAAUCUGCCUCAUUUGUUGAAUGCAGUGUCAGUGACUGUAGUAUACCAGUCGUCAUACAGUUAGAAAGGAUGAAAAAACCCAUUGAUAUUACUUUUCAUUCUAACUUCUAGACUGUUAAAUAUGGAGCAGUGUUGUAGCGUGUGUUAAUAACUCAUUGCUCGGGUGACACAACAACUUUACGUUAACACAACUGCAGUGUGUCCUUGUAUUUUCAAGGACAAACCAGCCUUGAUUUAGAGGUGGCUUUGCAUCGUUCCAGUUUCACAUCAGCUUUAUUAUGCAACCGCUUUCCUUGCUGUGUAAGAUUUUAAAAGGAGGGGGAAGAACGUACAGGCAAUUAAGUGGUCCAGUAAGUUUUUAAAUGCCACUUGUCACCAUUUCAUUCUUUCCCAUUGCUAAUAUUAAUCUGCAGCCUACUUCUGGAUGGCAUUGUGUAGAGCAGUAGACUUGAGUGUGCAGUGUUCAGUUCUGCCUGACUGGAGAUGGGACCCAUGCUAAAGUCGGACUUGUGCCUGCUAGCCGAGCAGUCAUCGGAGGAAGAUAGCAAUCUCGACCUGUGCAAGGAUAGCCAACUCUCGACUGAAGGGAUGGUGGGACAGCUGCCUUGAGUGUGGGAAAAACCUAGUGGGAGUUUGGUACCAUCAAAUAUCCUCUAAUCAUUGAUUAACAUUUUUUGUAAUUUUUCUUCACAAAUUAUUUUAGAAAUGACUUUAGAAUUAUGUCAGACUUUGUUAAAAUACAUCAAGACAUUUGUUUUUUUUUAAUGUGGCAGUCAGAAGUACUUUCAGAAACUUGUGGCGUAGAUUGAGGCUAUUUGACCUGUCUUACCUGUGUAGAUCAAUCCAGUGAAAAACUGCAUACUGUCCUGCAAUAACUGAAGGAAAUGUCUAUCAAUAUUUUAUAAUCUGUGUUUCUGAUUAGUUUCAAAUCUGUUGCAUGUCAAACUAAAUUUCUUUAUGCAUUUUUGAGGAAAUAAAGAUCUAUUCUGCAAAUGUAUUUUUUAUUUUGAACCAGUCCCCAGAAAACAGCCCUGACCUUGGU